UAAUACGUUUAUUUUACCUAGAAACGUGUCUUUAAAGCUUUGAAGGUAAUUACUCUCCAAUUAUGUACCUUAGGGCCACUGUGUUCAUGUUUUAAGGUAGAAAAUAUAAGGGUUUCACUUCAGUGACCAAGAAAGGUACAACACAGUAGCCUUUUUCUGACAGGGUUUGGUUUUCUGGUGAAAUCACAAGUAGAAUAUUUUUCUUUGAAACUCUGACCAGUGAAGAAACAUAUGAGUUUCUAUCAGAACUGUCCUCGUGUUCCACGCACUUGAAAGUAAGAGGGAUUUGGCUGAUUGUUGUGAUGAUGUCACGUGUCUUCACGUCUUGACCAAUCCAUGUCAUUUUGAAAAAUUUCUAGCUCCUCUGAAAAAUGUAGAGUUUCCAUGAUUUUGUACUCAAAAAAAUCCUAGAGGGACUGGGUUACAUGUUUUUGUAACCCAUAAACAAUGGCAUAGUGUCAGAUACAGAGCUAUUAAUGCUUAACACUGAUCAGUCAUAACAUUCUGACCACUGACCGGUGAAGUGAAUAAGACUGAGUAUCUCCUCAUCAUGGCACCUGUUAGUGGGUGGGAUAUAUUAGGCAGCAAGUCAACAUUUUGUCCUCAAAGUUGAUGUUAGAAGCAGGAAAAAUGGACAAGUGUAAGGAUUUGAGUGAGUUUGUUGAAGGACCAAAUUGUGAUGGCUAGACCACUGGAUCAGAACAUCUCCAAAACUGCAGCUCUUGUGGGGUGUUCCCGGUCUGCAGUGGUCAGUAUCGAUCACAAGUAUCCUUUAAGUCCUGUAAGUUGUGAGGUGGGGCCCAUGAAGGCCAACUUACAGGACUGAAAGGAUCUGCUGCUAACAUCUUGGUGCCAGAUACCACAGCACACCUUCAGGGAUCUAGUGGAGUCCGUGCCUCGACGGGUCAGGGCUGUUUUUUCAGCAAAACGGGGACCAACACAAUAUUAGGCAGGUGGUCAUAAUGUUAUGUCUGAUUGGUGUAUAUAGAAAGUAUUUAACUGCCACAGAGCCAGUACAUUAGAUCUCUGUAAGUCAAGUGAUCAUAUAAUUACAGAAGUAGAUAGAUUUUCUUAGACAAAGAAUGAUCCAGUCUGAUAGACUGACACUGGUUAAAGAAAUCCAAUCUCUUGCACAUAAAGAAGAGAGAGAUAAAUACAAAUUCUACACAUUUGGUUUUUAUUCAAACAUUUCUCUGCUGUUAUUUUUUAAAACCAUUUUAUACAUUAGAAUAAAAUGUACUGAUAGAAUAUGUAAACAUAGUAAAAUCGUUUAAUGUUUGCAGCAUGUUUUCUAAUGACUUUCUUCAAUGUUAUGAGUUUCUAAAAUUCAUUAUAUCACCGUUAUUAUGCCAACAUUACUCAAACAACAGGAAAAACAUAUUUGAUGUGUUUGAAUGUAUUUCCAAAAAUUAAGGAAUGAACAAAGCUCAAAAAGGGAAAAGGAGGAAUAUUACAGACUUUUCCCUUUCUAUUUCAGUUAACCUGAAAUACUCCAAGUCUCCAGCAGGUGUCACUGUUUACAGCUAAAUUAUCCUUUUCCUAAAAAAGAUGAUGGCUAGACACUUAUUUUCUUUAUUGACUAAAACGGAGAAACUGAGGUACCUCAAAAUCUGUGGUUCUUCCGCUGGCUUGUCUUUACACGUGAUAACAUCAUGUCUGUCUACGAAGAGUUCUCAGGAGACAAACAUUCUCCUCAUGGGUCCUCCUGGAGCUGGGAAGACAUCAGUGGGACGGAUUUUGUCCCACAGACUCAGGAAGCCUGUAAUCGAUAUAGACGAUGAUGUUCUGGAGAAGACGUGGGGGAUGACAGUAGCAGAGAAGCUGGCGCAAGUCGGUGGCGACCGUUUUAUCACUGAAGAAGGGCAAGCUGUGUGCAACCUCUCGGCUUCUGGAUGUGUGAUCUCAUUGACGGGUUCGAACCCGCUUCACCCAGACGCCAUGCAGCACAUGAAACGCUCAGGAAUCACUCUCUAUCUGGACGUGGACACUGAAGACAUUGUGGAGAGGCUGGGCAGAAUGAAGGUGAACAGAAUUGUAGGUCAGGAUGCUGGAGUCUCCAUGAGGGAGAUCUUAGAGUACCGGAAGCAGUUUUAUGAGAAGUGGUUGGAUGCCAGAGUGUUUUGUGGAAGGGGAGACACUAUAGAGGAGGUAGCAGAGAAGGUUGUUAGGGUUCUAGAAAAAUAUAAGGACUCUGAGACCUACAUCUCCACCAGGGGCCAUAGAUCAGAGUCCAACUGUGACAUGAAGUUCUUCAGCGAUGUCGUCGUGGAGGGAUUAGCUCCUGAUGGUGGCCUUUAUGUACCUAAUAAAGGAUUCCCGAAACUGGAACCUCCUGAAUGGUUACGAUUAGCCGAUAUGUCUUAUCCUGAGCGUGCUUUGGUCAUCCUUGAGAAAUGCAUACAUCCACUAGAUAUUUCUCCAACAGAACUUCGCUCGAUGGUUGACCGAGCCUACGGGCAGAACUUUGCCAGCAAAUCAGUGGCACCUGUUAAGCAUCUUGCUGAGGAUCAGUACAUUCUGGAGCUCUUCCAUGGACCCACUGCUUCCUUUAAAGACCUGGCACUUCAGUUAAUGCCACAGCUCUUCGCUCACUGCCUUCCGCAGAUGUGCAACUACUUGAUCCUUGUGGCCACAUCUGGGGACACAGGAAGUGCAGUUCUUAGUGGGUUCAGUAACCUCCGAGAAAGCGACAGGCAGCGUAUUGGUGUGCUGGUGUUUUUCCCUGAGCGAGGCGUUAGUGUAAUACAGAAACUACAGAUGACUGGUUUCAAGCAGGGCCACACCAGGUCUGUGAGCGUCUUCUCUGACUUUGACUUCUGCCAGAGGACCAUCAAGGAAAUGUUUGGUGACUCGAGGCUGGCUGGUUACUUUGCGGUGGAGUAUGCCACUGUUCUUAGCACGGCUAACUCCAUCAACUGGGCGCGGCUGCUUCCGCAGGUGGUCUACCAUUCGUCUGCGUACCUGGACCUCCUCAGAGACGGUGUGGUGAAAUUUGGGGAGCCCAUCGAUGUGUGCAUCCCCACUGGAAACUUUGGAAAUGCCAUGUCUGCUGUCUACGCUAAACAAAUGGGUGUGCCAAUAAGGAACAUCAUUUGCGCAUCUAAUCAUAACUGCAUAGUUUCAGAUUUUAUCUCUACUGGUCAGUAUGAUCUCAGAGGUAGAAAGCUCAUGCUAUCACAUUCUCCUGCUAUUGACAUUCUGAAGUCUUCCAAUGUGGAGCGUUUUUUGCAUUAUGUGUCCAGCGGGGACGGUCAGCUCGUCCGGGAUUUGUUCGCAAGCCUUGAGAAAGAGCAGUGCUUCACCGUGUCUGAGGAUUUCUUACGGAGGAUACAGCAGGAUGUGCAGGCGGGGUGGUGCUCAGAGGAUGACUGUCUGAAUACUAUUCAGAAAGUACACUCAAAAACUGGCUACAUCAUGGACACUCACACAGCCGUGGCUAAAUCUGUGGCUGACCGGCUGCAUGAUAAGAGGUGUCCGGUUGUUCUGUGCUCCACUGCACAUUUCGGGAAGUUUGCUCCAGCCGUUCUUAAAGCUCUACGCUGUCCUGAGAUCCCACUUCAGCCUCUGGAGCAGCUGGAUGCAUUGUGUGCUAUCGCAGGCCAAGAGCUAAUGCAUGAAACUCUGUAUGAGAGCGUAAGAGAGAGAGCAAGUCAUCCACAUACCGUAUGCCAGCCUGAUUUCAGGGAGCUAACAGAGGAGGUGGAAUCCAUGAUCCAGGACUCAUUUAUGAAGGUCAGGUAGGACAUGAGGUAGGCUGUACACAGGCACAGGAAAUGAGGAGCUGCAGUGACCCUUAGGGGCAACUACUGGGGCUGCAGCUUACUUAAAUCCCUAGAAACCCCCUAGUGACAUCACACUUUUACAUUCAGAUGUAUCUGUUCUUCAUAAAAAAAGAUGUAUAAUAUCUGUUCUUCAUAAAAACAUUGCUGUAACAGAUGAUCAUGUGUGGCUGAGAUCAAAGAAUAAGAAAUUUAACCCAUAAGAAUUAAUUGUGAUGCACUGUAGUUAUAACAACCUUUUCCCCAGAAACAGUAAAAGUCAUGUAACAUGCAGUACUGAUCAUGUGACUAUAAAAUUCUGCUCAUUUAUUCAACUAUUGAAUUAAUAAUGUAAGUUUAUUUCAAAGAAAAAGUUUAUCUGUGUUCAGUCAUGAAAGUAGUAUGUUCUAGACUAACUGUUGAUACUAGACUAAUCCAUCAACAAAUUUUUAUAUUUCUGGUAUUUGCUCUUAUCCAGAGCAACUUACAUUUAUAUCUCAUUUUAUACAACUAAGGGUUAAGGGCCUUGCUCAGGGGCCCAGCAGUGGCAGUUUGGUGGACCUGGGAUUCAAAAUCACAACAUCUGAUCAGUAAUCCAACACCUUAACCACUAAGCUACCACAUCUUUAAGGUGUGGAGCUUUCAUCUUUUUCAAUCUCUGGUUCCUUCAUUGCAACAUGACUACUGAUCUUUUCUGAUGGAGGUCUGCACUUCAGGCCUUUUAUUCCAACCUUAAUACAUGUUUGUCCACAGGUUUAUUGUAAGAUCAAUUGGUGUGUGUAUAUAUAUAUAUAUAUAAAAAAAUAAGAGACCACUGCCCAAUCUCCAGAUGUGAACCCUAUUGAAAACCUCUGGAAUGUUAUGAAGAGGAAGAUGGAUGAUCACAAGCCAUCAAGUAAAGAUGAGCUGUUUGCUUUUUUGAAAAAAGAGUGGUAUAAAGUUCCCCAACAGUAAUGUGAGAAACUGGUGGAGAUCAUGGAGCCAAAAAACAUGCAGAUCGGGGUUAUUCCACCAAAGACUGAUCUCUUAAUGUUGUUUAGCCAAAGCAUUAACACAAUUUGUUUACAAUUUAUUUACAUUUUGUUUUAUUUGAGUUAUUAAAGCUCUGCAAAUACUGCAUGAUCUUGGGUUAUUUUGAUGUGUUGUCAUUUCCUUUAAAUAUACACUCUAAAUAACAGUUAUAUUUUGAAUUUAGGAGAAAUAUUGUCAGCAGUUCACAAAAAAAUGAAACAAAACACUUCAUCUGACCAAUACAUGAACCUGGAAGAAAAAAACAGAAGAAACUCAUUAUUUUGCAGUGGGCUCAUUUUUUUCCAGAGCUGUGUAUGUGUAUAUAUAUAUAUAUAAAACCUCGUACGAGUGGAGAGAUGAAAGAAUCCUUAACACCAGGCCAGUAGUUCAGAAGGUUCUUCUUCAGCACAUCUCCUAGAUGGCAGUGUUGCUCUGCAAACACACCAACAUCAACCUGCUCUUUUCUUGAAGGGGAAAAAUUCUCAAACCCUGGCUGUGGAGUUUAUCAGACUUCCUCAUUUGUAGGGAAACAUCUACGUAAUGGUGUAGCAUCUUUUUCAUAACGAAAUUGAAUGGAUUUUAAUUUCUUACAAUAAUUAAUUACAUGAUUAAGCUGGAACAUGUUGGAGAUUUAGAUCAGUCUUAUAGCAAUUCUCUCACAAUCUCUACACUGUGUUUAUAGUUUAUUAGCUAAUAAUGUGGCUUAAAUCUGAUGUGUUGAUGUAUCAGAAUCAGUUAAAACGUGAAGGAUUUCUUCUGUUCGAUCUUGUAAAUUGAUCAAAAAUAAACAAA